AUGCCCCCUCUCGUACGGCGCUCGCCCAAGGCCGCCCUCCCCACCCUCCUCUCCCUCUCCAAGCUCGUCGGUCUCGUCCCGCGCGCCGCCCAGCAAUGGUCUGCAGCCUCCGGCAACGCGCCAAUCGAGCCCGAAGAUCCUCCCGACAGCCCCGUAUUCUGGUGGAAGCUCGGUCUUAGUGCAGUGCUUGUGCUUGCUGGUGGUUGCUUUGCUGGAUUGACUCUUGCCCUGAUGGGAUCUGACGACCUUAAUCUCCGAGUUCUCUCUACUUCUUCCACUGACCCGAAGGAGAGGCAGGCCGCCAACAAGGUGCUGCGGCUACUCUCCCGCGGUCGUCACUGGGUCUUGGUUGUGCUGCUGUUGAGUAAUGUCAUUGUCAACGAAUCUCUUCCCAUCUUCCUGGAUGAUGUCCUCGGUGGUGGAUUGUAUGCGGUCAUUGUUUCUACUACUAUGAUUGUCAUCUUUGGCGAGAUCAUUCCACAAGCAGCAAGUGUAUGCGUUCGUUAUGGGCUUUUCAUUGGAGGUACCUGCGCACCUGUGGUCUGGGCUUUCAUGAUCCUCUUUGCCCCCAUCGCUUGGCCCACGGCGAAGCUGCUAGACUAUGUCCUUGGCACAGACGAGGGUCACACUUACAAGAAGGCAGAGCUCAAGAGCUUCUUGCAAUUCCAUCGUGAGGGCGAAGAACCCCUACGAGAUGACGAGAUUGCCAUUCUGAACGGUGUUCUUUCUCUAAACGACAAGCAUGCCAGCGAGAUCAUGACCCCGAUGGAAGACUGCCUGAUUCUCCCUGCCGAUCGAGUCCUGGGUCACGAAGCGAUCGACGAAAUUCUACUCUCUGGCUUCUCCCGUAUUCCCGUGCAUGAGCCAGGUCAGAAAGACAACUUCGCUGGGAUGCUUCUGGUAAAAAAACUUGUCUCCUACAACCCUGAAGACGAAUGGCCCGUCUCCAAGUUCCAGCUUCUACCUUUACCCGAAGCCAGUCCCAACAUCAACUGUUUCCAAGCCUUGGACUACUUCCAAACCGGCCGCGCCCACUUGCUCUUGAUCAGCGACACCCCUGGACAGAAAGGAGGCGCGUUGGGCAUUGUCAGUCUCGAGGAUCUGAUUGAGGAGAUCAUUGGCGAAGAAAUCGUCGACGAGACUGACAGAUAUGAAGACAACCAUUCCAAGAAGGCCGUCAAGCGUGCUGGCACUGCUGCCGUCAUGCGCAAGUCUUCCCACUUCCAUCAUCAACGUGGCAUCAUCGAACGCCGUCGAGUCCUCAACGCCUUCAGCCGAGUUCCCUCUCGAGGAGAGUCUCAAACACCCCAAGUCCCCCCUGGCGGCCCUUCCUCCUCGGAUGGCAUAUUGGUUCAGAUCAACGACGGAGCGCUAGUGGCUGAGCCCGUCGGCUUGUCCGAAAACGGCGCAAAUGCUUCCGUGAAUCCUGCAAAGAGGCUGGUCAUAAGCACUCCCGCAAGUGGUCACAUGAGUCCUAUCACUGAGGGCUCCAGCCCUGAUGCUGUCAUUCCGGAGCUCGCGAAAAGCCUUUUGAAGGCGGAAGAGAAUGCUCAGGCGAACGGGGAGGGAAAUGGGACGCGCGUAACGAGGACUUUGGACGAACGCGGACAGACAGAGAUGUUUCCCGAUCAUAGAGCCUUCGAGAAAGCGUGUAGAGCGAUGGUCAGCAAAUAUCAACACAUGACCGGCACUCUCGGCCCGCAACGGACUAAUAGAGGAUGGCAAUGGAAAGAGCACAAAUGGAUGCCCAAUCAAGGCUAUCUCUAUCGACAUCUCACUUGCUAUGUUUCCCCGUCCAGUCUAUCGUCUGAGUCUCAGCCACUCGCUACAGAUUCUACCAGCGAGCGAGACUUGGAGGAAGAAGACAUGGAAGAAGCAGAUGACACUGCUCUCCUGGCCGGCGAAGACGACAAGCCUGUCAAGGUCGAUAUCGAGCAACAUAUCGUUUUUUCGGCCACUUACAGGGUGCCGAUGUAUUGUUUCCGAGCAUGGGACGAAACGGGAGCUCCUCUCUCCAUUGCUUCUCUUCUCAAACUUAAUAUUCUCCACCCCGACACUCCGGCUGCACCGUUACAGUUUGGCGAAUACGGUGCUGCUCUUGACACUCUGAUGCUUCCUCCAGACCCUUCCUCUCCAAUGACAGACGAACAGGGUCAACAACCUUUUCCCCUCGUUCAGUCUACAGAGCAUCCCACAACUGGGCAGCUGGUCUUCAGUGUACACCCUUGCAAAGUCGGUGGCGCUGUUGAUGAGGUACUCGUGGCAGAGUGUAAAGAUCAAUGUGGUGAUGGUGGGCCAUUGGCGUGGCUUGAAGUGUGGAUGAUGCUGACAGGAAGGGUCGCCGACUUGAGGUGUACAUAA